UUUUAAAUCAAUAACAUUAAAAUUAAUAUAAAACAUCAAAAUAACCGACACAUAAAAAAAUUACUGAAAAAAUCAUAUCGAUAUUUCACAUCGUCGUGACAUAUAAUUAAGAUGUCACAACAAAAGAAAACAACGCCAUCGGGACACGUUCAGCGUUCUAGUUUAGCUCCGAAAACUCCUGUCAAAAAUUCCAAAACAAUAUUAGUGGAUGCCCGCUAUAAACUUGGUAAAAGAAUCGGCAAAGGAAAUUUCGGGGAGGUUCGAAUCGGAAAAGACAUAAGAAACAACGAAGACGUUGCCAUAAAAACAGAAUCAAUUAAUGCGAAAAUACCACAGCUCAUGUUUGAAUAUAACAUUUAUAGACAAUUGGGAGCAACGGAUAAAAUGCAUAAGAUGAAAGGCAUACCAAAAGUUUACUGUUACAAAUUAGCCGGAACACAAUACAAUGCUUUGGUCUUGGAACUGCUGGGUCCGUCUUUGGAAGAUUUAUUCAGCGUUUGUGAAAGAAAAUUCUCUUUGAAAACUAUCCUGAUGAUCGCUAUACACACGUUGCACAGGAUAGAAACCGUGCACGAGAAAGGAAUAGUGUACAGAGAUAUCAAGCCCGAAAAUUUUGUCGUCGGCAGGAAUCAACUGAAAAAAGAUAAUACCAUUUACAUAAUAGAUUUUGGACUGGCAAAAGAGUAUAUCGACCAGAGAACGAAAAAGCACAUACUUUACAGAGAGAAAAAAAACCUGACCGGUACAGCUAGAUACAUGAGUAUAAACACUCACCUCGGAAAAGAACAAAGCCGUCGAGAUGAUUUAGAGUCCCUGGGCCAUAUGUACAUGUACUUGGCGCGGGGCUCUUUGCCUUGGCAAGGGCUGAAAGUACAAAACGCAAAGGAACGAUUUCAGAAAAUCGGCGAGAUGAAAAAAACCAUACCGAUUGAUAGCCUUUGCGAGGGUUACCCCGAAAUGGCAGAGUACAUGCAAUAUGUCAGACAUCUCGAAUUUUACGAGGAACCCAAUUACAAAUUUCUCCAACAUAUUUUUAGCAACGCCCUUCAUAAAUACGGAUUUGAAGACGAUCAAAUGUUCGAUUGGAUUGGCAAAUAAAAACG